CGAACAGAGAGAAAUAAGCCUGAGGCUUUUCAUUCCAGGUAAGUCAUGCAUAUCAUUGAAUUACAUCUUUUCAUGUGCAUUUUCAAGGGCAUUUUCAAUAUGUCUGUUCUGCUCAGUACAGAGAAGGAAAAGUGUUAACAUUGUGAUAAUGUUGCAUGUUCCAGAAUAAACCCUAGGCUGUUACAGCUAUACCUAAACACCUCUGUUGCUCUACGGUUCUGUCAGGACUGCAGUGGCCAGAACACUGUCUCUUUAACAGGCAGUUCUGCUGAUGGAGAGGUUGUGAAUGGUGCAGAGCAGCAGACAAUGCACUGAUCCAUCCUCUUUGACAAACCGUCGGACACUGUGUCUACUGUGUCCGAAGGUCAGAGCUUUUUGAAUGGGGGACAGAACCACACUGAGUCAGUUGUUGUUGACGCCCCCAGAGCCAAAUAGGUUACCUUCCAGGGUUAGGGUCAAUUCCAUUUCAAUUCAGUCAAUUCAGUAAACUGACUCCAACCCUGUAACCUUUCUUUCACAACAUGGUAUACCCUACCUAGACAACUCCAUUAAAACUCAGCACCUUUUCAAUGUCUUCCAAUCCAAUCCAGUAGGAGGCUAGUGAGAGGAUCUAUAGGAGGACGGGCUCAUUGUAACGGCUGGAAUGGAAUCAAUGGAACGGAGUCAUACAUGGUUUCCAUAUGUCUAUGUUUUAUACCGUUCCAUUUAUUCCAUUCCAGCCAUUACAAUGAGCCCAUCCUCCUAUAGCUCCUCCUCCCACCAGCCUCCUCUGUUAAAGUAACGCAAACGUCAACGUGUUCCCAUACAAACCUUUUUUUAAUCAACUAUUGGACGUUUAACGUCAUAUUGUUCUAUUUGUUUAUGGGCUUAGCUAAUGGUCCUAAUUAACCAUGUAGUAAUGUGGUGGGAGAGGCAGGGGGGAGCUGUCUUUCUCUCCAGAUGGUUUACAUCUCAUCUCCAGUUCAGUUAAUGAGCAGGAUGUGUUAAAGGUUCUGGGCCUAUGGGGGUCUGGUCUGGAUCGUGUUCAUUAAGCACCAUAUGGAAACAGAAACCGGGAAGGACUAUCUGGAAUUGUCCAAUAAGACAUUUUCAUUUUCUGUUGCAAAAUGUUUAAAAAACAUAUUCCAUUGUGUGCCCUAAUGAACACGACCCCAUUCUGUCUUUUUCUUCUUUCUCCCAGGUGAGACUGUGUAGUUGGCCCUUCUGGGAACAUAUUCUGGCACAGCCUGGGAGUGGUGCGGCGUCAGCUCCAACACUACACUAGUCAGGAAGUCAGAUCAGAGCUGUGAAAUCAGAUCAGCAAGAGGGGGGUCGUUAUAUUGCAGAAGUGCACUUUUGGACACCACACCUGGCUUGGCAGAUGUAUGUGGAGGAUGAAGUGUUAGACUGAGUCAUUGUUAUAGUAACAGACGGACGAUGCCUAAGGAUAUUCAGUGGAUUGGAUCUGUGUCCUGCUGCGUUUAAGGGUUUUCUGCAGAGGGAUUGUGGAAAGUUGCAAGCAGGGUUGAACUCUCUUCAAAGGGCUGGCUUUUUAAUGAUCGUCCUCUUUCUUGUGCCUGCGUCUCUGGUACUUGUCCCAUUCUCUCUCUGACUGCUGGUGUUCACAGGCGCAUGUACCUGAGGUAGGCUUUUCUUUUGGUUGCAGUAUUCAGCAGUAGCUGUGUUGUGUAGAUUGGAGUUGAUGAUAGAGUGGGAGAGAGGAUGUGGCUGUCACAGUGGCAACUGCAGUGCAGAGAGGACCACUGCAGCUAAAGAGGUUUGAUGCAACUAUCAACACUGUUGUUAUCAGCCUUUGGUGUUACUCUGCACUUAGUCAGGUCUUUCAGAGGUAAAGGGCUAUAUUUCAUCUCUUUACUUUAUCAUAUAUGAAGUCUAGGUUACCUAUGGAUGACAAUUGAAUGUUUUUAAAUGUCAGGAGCAUUUGCUGAGAUUGUAUUUAUAAUUUUGUUGAGAAAUCCUCUGUCCUGGUUCAACCCUAUAAAAGUGGCUGGUUGGCGUGUGGAUAAUUAGCGCUAUCUGUCCAGUGCAGUCAUCUGGUGGAGUCUGACUGUUGCCAGCAUUACACUUUUGCUUUGUCAGGUUGUAUAAAUGUAAGAAAUCUUAUUUUCCAGUCAAACUCUCCUCUCCUCAAUGGUAACUCUUCUCUCUUCCAGCCAAGGACCUCUGUCCACAAUACGAGCUGCCAUCAAGAGAAGUGAGUUUCUCAUUAUUGAGUUUGUCGAUUAUUUCAUUAUUUGGUAUAUUCUCAUACUUUUAUAUUGUACCUAGCGUGAUUAAAGUCUGUCUAUAGCAGAGGAGCCUGGUGGGAGGAGCUAUAGAAGAACAGGCUCAUUGUAUGGCUGGAAUGGAAUAAAUGGAACAGAGUUAAACAUGUGGUUUCCAUAGGUUGAUGUAUUUGACUCCGCUCCAUUAAUUCCACUCCAGCUAUUACAAUGAGCCCGUCCUCUUAUAGCUCGUCCCACCAGCCUCCUCUGGUCUAUAGCUGUUGUACAUGAUUGAAUCCCCCAAGUGUUUUUUUUAUGUCUCUUUCAAUCAAUUACAUAUCAGAUUGAAAGAGAUGAAAUUCAUAUCAUUUUCUCCCACAGCGAGAACCAGCACCCAAAGUGAACAGACCAGAGACAGAAGGUAAACAGAGGAGCUUCAUAAUACUUCCAUAGUCUGUUUGUAUCUCUCUGAUUGAAUACAGUUCUACACUCAUUGUUCCAAAAAUCCAACACCAUAUGCUCCACAGUAAAGAGCACCAGGGCAAAGAACUUGUGCUCUACAGUACAAUACACAUUUUCCAUUUGAAAUGUACUGAUAUUAAUGUUGACUUACAGUCCUCGACUAAACUGGUGAAUAACCAUCAAAGAAAGUAAUAUGGUCUAUAAAAUGGCAUACAAAAAUAGAUAAAACAAAAGGCUUAUGGUGUUAAACAAAGCAAUAUCAUUAUUUAUGACAGAAGAUGAUGGCUACAUAAGGCUUUCUGUCAACAUAAGACAAGUGUCAACAUUAUGCCGCAUGUCACGUUUGGUUGACGUACUCUAGUUGCAUUGUGGGUCAUUUACCUGUUUUGUCUUUCAGACGUCCAGAGAUCACCAUCCUGUCAGCCGAGCCGCUCGCCGCCAACGGCUGGUUCCCAGGGGCUUCUGGGGGAUUUACGGCAGCCCCGCCUCCCUCCCAGCCCAUCUGGGGGGGCAGCAUCCAAUCAGAAACCCAGGUACUGUUUAUUUAACUAACAUCAGCCUCUAAUACUACGGGAGACAGCAGGGUGUGUGGUCUUGUCCUGUUCACAGUUUGGGUGUGUUCUGCAUGGAUUCUAACUUGGAUUUUGUCUGAUCAACCUUACCAUGUUCCUGUGUCUUUCACAGUUGUCAGUGUAAUGUUUCAGAUGAACUACUUUCAAAGCAAACACAUAACAUUUGGCAGUGAAACAAGCACGGCAGGUUCUGCAUGUUGUACUACUAUAGGAUGUCAAUGUAGGACGGUAGCAAGCUUGCUUGUAGAAUACAAGUUAUAAUAAUCACACCGCUACACGUUUACUUUGACAACAUGAGUGUGUGAUGUGUGUGUGUGUGUGAACCUUCUCUCUCGUGUCUUAGCCCCCACCAUCCUAUGACCAGGUGAUCAAAGAGAAGACCCAGGAGACCGUUGUCACGCCGACCGCCACCCCUCGGAGAUCCACGACCAUCGCCACCCAGACCGACCCUGUGGAGGAUGACGCCGCCGCUGGCCCAGAAUGCACUGCAGCCUCACAGCCAAUCGAGAAGAGACAGUCAACAGGUGAGACUUUUGAGAAUGAUGACUAUAGAUGGGUUAGCUGACAACGUCACGAAAACUCUGUAGUUGGCAUAUCAUAUCCUUGAAUUACUACGACUAAAACAGUGUAACGUCACUUUAUAUUCAAUUUUUCAUUAUGUUUUUUAUAAGUGGUUUGAGUAUAGGCUAAACGUAUUGUUUUUAAUCUCUUCCUUCUCAGUGAAAAUAAAGCCUAAAAAGCCACCAAGGCCAUACUUACCCAAGCCUUUACAAAGUGACUCUACCACUGCAAUAGCUGUAUCUGAUUCUAGUCUCAUCCAAGUAGACGCCACAGCCACUAACACUGAGAACCAAACUGACCCCAAGUCAGCCGCAGCCCAAGCCAGCCCAAUAGAUUCCAGCUGUACAAUCCCAAACACGCGGUCUCUCUCUCCAUCUGUUUCUGUACAAUGGGAUGUGCCAAUAAAACCUUCGGAACCCAGCACUAUCACUACGUUCUUAGAACCUACAGUCCCCUCCUCAUCAGUCCCAGUAGCCACUGAACGUCCCACCCCUCUUCCUCGUUCCAAAUCUCACAAACAGCCAAUCACAGAGGAGGUCAAAGUUCAGACUCUGGUCAGGCUCAAUGGUUCCAGCUCUGUAGCUGACACAGCAGGUCGAGGCUCCUCCCUCGGGGAAGUACCUACAGGAACUAUUAGAUGUGUUUUGUCUCGAGAACCAAUACGACCAGAACACUAGUGACGCUAGUGACUAUCAGACGCCAACUGACGGGAGCGACCAAAGCGAGGAAGGUGACGAGGACGGUGACAUGGCCGCCCUUCACAGCCAACGUAACAUCCGGGCCCGGAUCCAGGCCUUUGAGAGCCAGGAGGGCGAUGGGGAACCAGAGUUCAAACGACCAGAGCCUCUACCCAGGAACGCGCACCUCAAGCCCCCUGUGAUUUCAGCCAAACCAGCCCCAGCCCUGGCCCCCAAGCCCUCAAUCAAGAAGCCCAGUAACGGGAAUAACUACCAGGGGGCGAUCUCCAUUUUCUCCACUCCCUUUAUUCCCUCCAACCCAACCCCAGCACCCAGACCCGUGCUCCACAGAAAACCCAGUGUAGUCCCAGAACCCAAGGAACCAGAACCAGAGGCUCCAUCCCCCACCAAGACAGCCAUCCUUUCCCGGUCGCGGCUCUCCAUAGCGGCCAGAGCCAUGAGCCUCUUCCCCCAAGAGGAGGAUGAACCCAGGUUGGUACCUCCUAUCUCUCCAGAGAAGCCUCGCAAGGAGCUGCUGGGCCUCAACCUCAACAACCACAACUCAGCCUCCAUCACCACCACAGAGGCAAGGAAUGAAUACAUGGACAACCCCACGAGUAAGUACAGCAGCAUGCAUUUCACCACAGACAUAAUUGGUUAACUUAGUAGUAUGAGUGUUCUAAGGAUAGUUAUAACACAUAUAAGAUAAUUAUAACCCCUUUUAUUGAUGCUAUUUUACACAAAAAAACGUCACUAGCCUGCAGUUGGCAUUAAAGGUAGCUUAGAAUUUGUCAUAUCGUACUUAUGCAGGACCCAUAUGUUAACUAAAAAUGAUGAGUCAACACUGGCCAUCUCUGCCUCUCUCCAGACCAUAUCCCAGUGAAGCCUGUGCGUAGUGAUGUGGGCGGCAGUGGCUCCUUCACCAGACAGAGUGUAACCAGAAGACCCACCACCAUUAGAGUGCCCAGUAAAGGAAAGCGUGAGUCCACCUGCUCUACUCUCUGACCUAUAAAGGAGUAGUGAGUUAUGUGGAGUGCUCCAUAUCCACACAUGUAUGACCUAAUAUAAAGGCCCUUUGAUCUCCAUCUGGAUCUACCAAAAAUAAAAGGUUUUGACAUAACCAAAUGAUGGAUUAGAUGCCAUUGAAUUUUUGCUGGCGAGCCAUUUUCUCAAACAAACUGUAGGUGUGUAUGUUUGAAUAUGUGUGUGUCUGUGCUUGGGUGUCUUAGUGAGUGUGUACAGUCGACUCCUGAUAAGUGAGUCAGUUAAUCCGGAUUUCAAUACUUUAUUUACUCCAACAUGUAGUUCGAGUGCAUGUUCCAUCUCAAAGCGUUCAUUCAUGGCAACACCAAGCCAUUGAGUUAGUGCAAAAAUACAAUAAUCCCAAACCCUUGUACAGUUUACAGUACAGUGUGUCCAGUCUAAACAUUGAUGGUUUUCUCUCACAGUGUUCGAUGGGACUUUGGACAUCCCUCCUCCUCUCCCUGCACAGAAGCCUGUGGGGUCACAGCCAUCCCCCGUGACCUUUAAACAAAGCAUCUCAAGCUUCUUCCCCUUCCAGGUAAGCGCUACCACCUUCCUUCCCAUUCUACUUCUCCAACAGAAGUACUAUUGAUCUACAGUAGGCUACCUACCUUCUCUUCUACUACUAGAAAACACAAGAGAGUACUGACAGUUUAGUUCUUCCUCCUCACCACCACAAUACUGCACUCUCUUUGGGGAAGCCAGAGCCAGUCAAUAGCUCCCGGCCCGGCUUGGCUAUGACAUAACUGGGCUUUUGUGCACCAAGAAGGCUUAGCUAAAAGGACAAAGUGCUACUUUGUAUUUUUCUUUAGCGUCACUCACGAUUAUCUAGAGUCAGUUCAUUCAUGGUGGCCUGAAAACCAGCCCUGUCAGAAGCAGUGCUAAACCAGCCUGACAAACCAGCCUUUUACCUGCCAACCGCCCACAUUCACCUCCACUCAAAUUCACCUCCACACAAAGUGGCCAGUGUAGUUUAAACAAUGACUGGCUAGUACUGUACAGCUAGCUGUUAGCAGUGGCUAAGGAAAGGCACAUUGAGCAGUCAUUAACUUGGUUGCCGUAGUUGCUGAGCGCUGCGAAGGUAGUAGGCGUAGUAAGUCUGUUUUGUUCAGGGGAGGUCAUUCAAUCCCAUGUGGUGUUAAAUGUGAUCUGGGAGAGAUUAGAGAAGUACCCUGGUUGUCAUCAAUUCACAUCUGUUUUUUAGACAGCCACGUUGCUUCUUUGAACAUAAAUAGUAACUACCUUUUUUCUGUUGAUUUGAACUGUAGGAGUCCUUUGAUUCUGAGCCCAUACCGGGCCUGCCUCCUCGGUCAGUAACAUCACAUCGUGGGUCAUUUUAGGGGAUAAAGAGGGGUAAAGAUCCGUUGAUAACAUAUUAGCUACAGUCCUAGACACAUGGCUUUAAUUAACUUCAUACUGCUGUUGAUCUCUUCCAGGCCUGGUGGAGCUAAGGUCCUCCCUCCUCGCCCACCUCCAGCAAAAGUUGGCCCAGGAAGGCCACCCCCACCCCGGAUAAAUGGUCCACGUCAACCCUCUCCACCCGUAGAGCACCAGCUUCAUCAGCAGCUCCAUCACCCAAGCAGCCCCAGGCUCAGAAGACCAAGAGGAAGGGACCUGUGCUUCCCCCCAGGCCCAACCCUGGCCACCGUCUCUACAACCAAUACACGGUGAGAGCUUAGAGUUCCCACCCCGCUCUGCUGCUGCCCCCAAGGCAGCCUGCUCUGCCCCUGCUGCCCCCCAAGGCAGCCUGCUCUGCCCCUGCUGCCCCCAAGGCAGCCGCUCUGCCCCUACUGCCCCCAAGGCAGUCUGCUCUGCCCCUGCAUGCCCCCCCAAGGCAAGCCAGCCUCUGCCCCUACUGCCCCCAAGGCAGCCUGCUCUGCCCCUACUGCCCCCAGGCAGCCUGCUCUCCCUGCUGCCCCCAAGGCAGCCUGCUCUGCCCCUACUGCCCCCAAGGCAGCUUGCUCUGCCCCUGCUGCCCACAAGGCAGCCUGCUCUGCCCCUGCUGCCCCCAAGGCAGCCUGCUCUGCCCCUACUGCCCCCAAGGCAGCCUGCUCUGCCCCUGCUGCCCCCAAGACAGCCUGCUCUGCCCCUGCUGCCCCCAAGGCAGCCUGCUCUGCCCCUGCUGCCCCCAAGGCAGCCUGCUCUGCCCCUGCUGCCCCCAAGGCAUGUUGGAUUUCAGUGGAACUGUUGUGUACUGUAGUAGUGGCAAGUGUCACAUGGUAGGCCAGUGUAUGUUUUCUGAAUGUUUUCUUUGUCAUGUGUGUUCCUCUAGCUUGGACUUCCCCAUGGGAUAGCAGAGUUUGACUACAAUGGGAGAGACACAGGGGAACUCUCAUUCCAGGUAAAUCAUUGUCUGCAUGUUUUGGAGGUUUUGCUUCUAGCAACAACAAGAACAUGGUAUGAGACAAUGUUACUGACUACUGUAUUUAAACCUGAUUCGAUCACUAGUUUUAUGGAUUUACUUAUUUCACCUUACUGUUUUGUAAUAUGUUUUUCUCUAAGGAAAAGACGAUUUAGUAGAAAUGAAUAACAACAAAUGCUUCUUGAUUUUCUCCCACAGAAAAAUGAGUUGCUGCUGCUGGUCGAGCAGCUCGACCACAAGACCUUUGAAUGUCAAGUGGGAGACAUCCGGGGCCGAGUCCAGAAGUCUCACAUGAAAGUCAUCACUCCUCUCUCCAGUGCCCCAGCUAAACCAGCUCUGUCACAGGUAAUGUCUUCAGCCAGUGACAAUGAGCUGUCAAUCAAAACAUGUCUGUCCUCUUACUACCGCCAGGCAACUUGGCUACCCUCUAUUUAGUAUGUCUAGCACCAAUUGGUUUGUAUUUCUUUGUAGCCACAUACAGUAUGAACUUUCAUUGUGAACCUUGAAAAUUAUUUUUUAGUUAAGUCUCUAAAUCCCUCUUUUUGUAUGUGUUUCUUUAAAUUCCACAUACACCUGGAUGUGUUUUCUCUUCUUACAGGGUGCCAGCCCAGUUGGGUCUCGUAGAGGCAGCAGUGGUCUGCAGGUGCAGGUCCUCCAUGACUUUACCCCAGGUACAGAACAGUACCUACACUGGCACACUGACCACCACAACACACAACCUAACAGGUCUCCUAUGUCCUAUACCAACAAACACAGCUGCUAUUGGACUGUACACCUUAGAAUGUUUUAAGUCAUUUAUUAGAUGUCAAAUAAAUUCCAAUAUGGCUGGCAUGUUUUUAUAGCUAUGCUUAGUUCUGUUUUUCCCCCAGCAAUUGAUAUCCACAAAGUAGAGUUCAUGCUGGAGUUUGUGUUGUCAGUUGGUGUCAGCAGUGGGAUUUGAUUGACAUGUGUUGUAUCCUAUCCAGAGGGUCCAGGGGAGCUGGGUCUGAGGGCGGGGGAUGUGGUGACCAAUGUGGAGCAGGUGGACAGUGAGUGGUACCGCGGCUCCUGUAGAGGCUCCUCUGGCUUCUUCCCUGUCAACUACGUCAAAGUUAUGGUAAGACUCCAGUCAAUGUUUCAGCUAUAGAGAUAGGGCUGGUUUCCAACUCCAAGACUUAAGCCUACUCCUGAACGAAAAACUGUUGAAUAAAUCAUCUCUAUUUAAAGUAUUUUGUGUGAGAAACCAGCCCAUAAAGUGAUCUAUAGGAUGUAUACAAAAGAGUCCAGCUAUUUAAUGUGUUUUGAUUAUGACUCUUUUUCUCUAUUUAGUCAAAUGCACCAACACCGACCAAUGCAAAGAAGGCAAGGCCCCCGCCUGCAACAGUCAGUGGGCCGAGGUGUGUGGCACGGUUCGACUUCGAGGGUGAGCAGAGUGACGAGCUAACCUUUUCUGAGGGAGACGUGAUUCAGCUAAAGGAGUACAUGGAAGAGGAGUGGGCGAGGGGACAGAUAGGGGCCCACACUGGAGUCUUCCCCAUCAACUUUGUGGAGAUCAUAGAAGAUCUUCCUCCUCCUCCACAACCAAGACGACAGCAAUCAUUCCCAAUCAAGAUGGCACUACCUGGUAGGACUUUUAAUUUAAGGCCCACUUCUUAGCUUGAAAAUGGAAUAUACUUUAUAUUAAUUUACAUAUCACAGACUGGACCUUUAAAUCAUUAAGGAACCUCGGCUUGAGAUAUGUGUGCCUAUCUUGACAUUGUAAACAUAAUCAGAGAAUUGGAGACAUUGGAAUUUUCCCACGGAAGUUCAUGUCAUUCUGGCAUACUGUAUCUGAGGUCAUAGUGUAAGAUCAAUGUCAAAGGUGGCAAGGCCACAAACACAGUGAAAUAUUUAUUCUUGGCACGGGGGGAUUUUAGCUGUAUCGUCACGUUUCCUGUACCCCUGUUGCGGUUUGUCCACCAAUACAAAGGGUUUCUCUAGAACUAGUCUACAGUGGACUGCCUCCACCGCUCUCAUAUUUAGUAGGCUGAUACUUCCCUCUGUGGAAUGUAUACAAUCUGUGCAACAUGUUUGUUUCAUUAAGUCAGGAGCUCUGUGUAAGCCCCUGUACUAAGACCUUAUUAUUAAUACGAUCCAGCUCACUCUGUGUGCUACGUGUUGUUCUCACUGGCUCUAGCAGUGUAAAGUAGCAUAGUGUACUACUGUACGCCCACACACUCAUUCCCCAUUCACUUUUAUGUUCAGCAACUGUCAACACAAUAUGCUUUCUAUCUGAAUACCAAUACUGCAUUUCUCAGGCAUGGUUUCUUCAACCAAGACCCAAGAGGCUGCCAAACCCAUACAGGUAUGGUUCAUGUGGUACUGUUACCAGUCUUUACAACAUGACACAAACUAACGUCAUGAUACAGCUGUUUGUGUCUGGGGUAGCCUAAUGACGUCUGUGUGUAUAUCCAAUGAUUAGAGCUUGUGUAUGAGAGCGGGAGUUUGAGAGGGUGUCCACUAACAUGUACUGUAUAUCCCUGUCUAUAGUGUGGUUGGUCAGGAGUGGAGUGGGCCGUGGCUCUGUAUGACUUUGUAGGCCAGACAGAAGAGGAACUGUCCUUCCAACAGGGAGACCGUAUCCUGGUCACAGAGCAUGUAGACGCCGAGUGGUGCUCUGGAAGGCUCAACGGUAGAGAAGGAUUCUUCCCCACAGCCUUCGUAGAGACCAGCUCAGGUAAUAAUAGGGCAUUCUUAUGGCGCCAUCUUGUGGUAGAAGGUCAAUUGUGCACAGACCAUUGUCUGCUUGAUAUUUACAUAAUAAUAAUAAUAAUAAUAUGCCAUUUAGCAGACGUUUUUAUCCAAAGCGACUUACAGUCAUCUCGGGACAUAUUUAUACUUUUGGUUUAAUUCAAUUCAAAUAACUUUGCUGUGGUGAUGAUUGACACAUGACAAAAAAACACUACUGAUACAGUCAACGCAAAACCUACAGAGUUUGAAUCAGCCUAUAUACCAGAGGAGGCUGGUGGGAGGAGCUAUAGGAGGACUGGCUCAUUGUAAAGACUGGAAUGGAAUAAAUGAAACAGAGACAAAAAUGUGGUUUUCGUAUGUUUGAUACUGUUCAAUUUAUUCCAUUCUAGUCUUUACAAUGAGCCCAUCCUCCUAUAGCUCCUCCCACCAGCCUCCUCUGAUACAUACAGGUAUUCCUGGCCUACUCAUAGGGCAGCAUAGUAUGACGUUUACAAUGAAUAACCUCUCAUUAUAAGGACAUUUAAGGUACUGAUGAUUCCCUUUGUCUCUGUCCAGGCAACUCUCCAGUGUGGGACAGACAGCAGAGUGUGCCUAAUGGAGAAGGAAGCAGAGGGAAAGCCCUGUUCGACUUCACAGCUGAAUGUGAAGAGGAGCUCUCACUGAAGGUAUUUCUGGCUUCUACUGUCAACAUUCGAAAGAGUAAACAUUUCUGUUUGUUACAAUCAACAGUCAUACAUACUACAGGUACUAGUCCUUUUCUUUCUCUUGUUAUAGGCGGGGGAUAUCAUCACCAACUUGGAGUCCGUUGACGAUGAAUGGUUCCUGGGAGAGUUGAGGGGGAAGCAAGCGUUGGUGCCUAAGAAUUAUGUGCAAGUGCUGUCA